AUGUUGUGUGGUAAUGCAGAAAAUAUGGACUGCUUGCUAGAAAUGGAUCAGGCUGAUAAAGAAGUGUCAGAAUGCAGGGUCGACAUCACUUUUAUAGGUCGAGGAUGCCAAAGAAGUACGAAAUGCUUGAAUUGGUCAAAAGUUAUCAAUGUGGUGGCAUUUGCUUCAGCGGGAGAUAUUUGUUUUGUGAUUCCCGAGCAAAAUAACCGAUGUAUAGCUAUCAAACAUGCGGUGAAGGCUCAUGAUUUUCCAAUAACUUGUUUGAGAUUUAUUUCAUGGUAUCAGUAUAACAGUUUUGGUUUGGAUUAUCUCAUAACUGGAGCAGCUGAUGGAACUAUUCGUUUAUGGGCUGUGCAAAUAUCAAACAAAACAGUUGUUGUAAAGUUAAUCAGUAAUAGCGGAAAUGUAACAACAAAACGUCCUGUAAAUUGUUGUGCUGGUGCAGCAUUUAGCGAAGCGUAUCAAGAUAUUGCCAUUGUGAGUUAUGCUAUUCCGGAUGGAUCAGUAGUUGCUGAACAGAUUGCUAUUGAUCGAGUGUCUUUGGAAGAAACAGAAAAGCGAAGCUAUGAGAGAAUCAUGUUUCAGCCUGCCUUGAUAGUUUCUGUUGCUGUUCAGAUCAUAUCGAAUGAUAAUAUAUUGUUCAUUUUGGGAACAACGAGCAAUAAUGUUGAAAUUAUUUGUGCCAAACUUGCUUUUAUUUCUUCACAACUGCGAAAAGCCGUAACUCUCCAAGGUCAUACUGAUUGGAUUACCAGCAUAGAUAUUCGAGCCUAUGAAAAUGAUAUUUGGUUAGCAAGUGGUGGACAAGAAAGCAUUCGUAUUUGGCGUUUUGAAUUACUUCAGGGGAAUAAAAUGCGUGUUAAUAGCGAUACUCAAUUAAAAGCCCAAUUUACCUUAUUUGAUGAAGAAACUAAAGUUAUCACUUACACGAUAAAUGUCACUCUGCAAGGUGUUUUAAAUGCUCAUGAAGAUUGGAUCUGCUCAGUGGAAUGGCAUUCAAGCAAGCUGCAAUUGUUAAGUGCGUCAAACGAUAAAACAAUGAUUAUAUGGGAACCGUCUGAAAGUGCUGCUGGAUUAUGGUUCGAUUCUGUAUGUGUAGGCGACGUUGGUGGACAAGCAGUCGGUUUUUUUGGGGCUUGUUUUUCUCCUGAUGGUUACGCGAUCCUUGCUUAUUCAUAUUUUGGUGGCUUUUGUUCAUGGCAGAUAGAAAAAGAAGGAAGUAGCUAUUGGAAAAGUGUUCCAACUUUCGGUGGACAUUCUGGACAGGUCAGAGAUAUCACUUGGGAUCCUACCGGAAGUUAUUUGUUAUCAUGCUCACACGACCAAACUACGCGAUGUUAUGCCCCUUCCGCGAAUCAUGGCGUAAUAAGCGAGAUUGCACGACCACAAGUGCAUGGUUAUGAUUUGACAAGCAUCGCAUCUAUUUCGAGUAGUCGCUUUGUUUCUGGUGCUGAUGAAAAAAUCCUUCGCGUUUUCGCUGCACCGCGUAAUUUUGUCGAAACACUCAAGGUUGUUUCAAAGUAUGAUUGCCAGAAGCUAUUUCCGGAUCCCACUCAAAUUGUAGGAUAUAACGCAGCUAUCCCAGCGUUAGGUUUAUCAAAUAAGAUUACUAGUGUUGUAAAUAUUGAAAGUAAUGAAAAUUCCUCAGCUGAUGAUACAAUAAAUCAGAAUGUUCCUUUCAUGAAAGGAGUACCUAUUGAGGAAUGUCUGAUGCAAGAUACACUAUGGCCAGAAAUUCACAAAUUAUAUGGACAUGGAUUUGAAGUAUUUACUGUUGCAUCAAAUCAUUCCGGUACACUCAUUGCAAGUGCAUGCAAGGCAAGUCGUGUCGAAAGCGCCACCAUCAUUAUAUGGGACAAUAAGGAGUGGAGACGUCGAUGUGAGCUACAAUGCCAUAAGCUUACUGUAGUACAAUUGGCUUUCUCAAACAAUGAUUCCUUUUUGCUUUCUGUUUCCCGUGACAGAACUUUUGCUAUUUCGGUCCGAUCUUUGCAGGAUCCUUUUGAAUGGAAACUUCAGUUGACAUCAGAGCAGAAGUUUAGUAAAGUGCAUUCCCGUAUUAUUUGGUGUUGUGCGUGGACUCCAGAUGAUAAAUAUUUCGUGACUGGAGCACGAGACAAAAAGCUAUGUCUUUGGCAUUUUGAUGGCGAUGACAUCCAACUUAUUGCGGAAAGGAAACAUUUGUAUGCUGUUACAGCAGUAGAUUUUGCACCAAAAUUGUGGAAUAAACAUUACAUUCUGGCUGUCGGUUUUGAAAAUGGUGAAAUCGAAAUUGAAAAAUGGAAUUUGCGCCAAAAUGACAUCAAUACUAGUGAUAACUGCUUGAAGCGAUGGUUGGCUCAUUCACAAACGAUAAAUAGGCUGAAGUUUCGUCCGAAACAAGGAUCUUGGUUAUGUAAUGGUGAUGUAAAUAUUCAUAUUUGGGAACUUGCUUCAGCAAGUAAUGAUCAUUCUGUCGUAGUUCAUCAGUUAAAUUUGUUGUAA